GAGGCUCGGCGCGGAACGGAACGGAGCGACUCGGCGGGAGAAACUUGUGCCGGGCGCCCGAGCCCUGCGGAGGUCGCGUGGCUGCAGGACACAGAGUUGGGUUGUAUUUUUCCCUGUGUGCGAAGCUAUAAACCCAACGGAUGCCUGUGCCGCCGCCRCCGCCUCCUCCGCCACCUCCACCACCUUCAGGAGGGCCCCCUCCACCACCUCCACCUCCGACAAGUUCGGAGCUACCAAAAUUGCGAAAGGAAGACCAAAAAGCACGAAAUGCUCUGCUAGCCGAUAUCCAGCAAGGGACUCGCUUAAGGAAGGUGACUCAGAUCAACGACCGAAGUGCACCACAGAUUGAAAAACCCAAGGGGGCUACGAGAGAUGGAGGAACCGCGGCCGCCAACAAAGGGGCCUCUGCGCAGCCCCUGGGGGGCCUCUUCGCUGGCGGCUUCCCCGUCCUCCGGCCCGCCGGCCAGAGAGACCUGCCAGCCCCGCUGCCCCCCAAGUCCCCGCACCUGCUCUCGCACUUGCACAAGCCCCACAUCCAGUCGCUGCCGCUGCCCGCCGCGCCCGCGCCGCCCCAGCCCGCCGCGCCGCCCGACGCCAGGAAGAGGCGCCCGGCCCGAGGCGCAGGAACUGGCGCUGGGAAGCUCAUGACGCCUCCACAACCACCAGCAAGAUCCCCAACAACCGAACUCACAAGCAAGUCUGGAGUCCCAGCCUGGGCGGCAGCUCAUGACCCUUAUCCACCUCUUAAAAAUGGAAAUAUGCAUCUCAUUGAUGACUUUGAAUCUAAAUUUACCUUCCAUUCUGUGGAAGAUUUUCCCCCACCUGAGGAAUUCAAGCCAUUUCAGAAAAUUUAUCCCAGCAAAAUACCUAGAGAUCCCUCUAAAAAUCCUCCCUUAAGAACACAUGUGAGAUGAGAAGAGUCUUCUGAUGCUGUCUGAAUUGGUAUUAAAAAUGGAGAACAUCAAGAUAAUAUAYGAAAAAGAAGGGGAUGCCCUUUACAACCAUAGAGAUUAUAUUUGAAUUGCAAGUGCUGCAAUGUUAACACUUCCAUAAACCGGAAGAUAAAUUUAAAUGACACUUUUUGACCACCACAAGAGUGUUAGCAUAGGCUUUUAAAUUAUUGUAUAUAUCUCUAUAUAUGAGGUUUUUUWAAGCAAAACAUCCUACAUGCUUUAAAGUCGCUGUAGUGUUCAAACAACUCAUUUUUAAUCUGGCUGACAGAUGAUACCUCAAGGAUAGUUUUUUUGCAUUAAAUGACUGUAGUUGUGUGUUUUCUGAUUUUUUUUUCUUCCCUCCAUCAUCCUUUUUUUUAUUUUGAGAAGCCUCCAGUUCUUUUCCAAUGAACUAGCACAAGCUAAUGCGAUCGUCUCUGUGCAUUUCUGCUCAAAUGGCAGCAGAGCAGCACCCUCAGCCACAGAUGCGCCCACAGUCCUUUCCUCAGCGAGCACAAAGAGGAAGAUGAUCCUGGUUCCUGAACCUACCUCCUCCUGGCCACACAGCCUUACAGGACAGGGAAUAUGUCUGAGAAAGCCCAACUACACGGAGUGGUUAUGGAAUUGACAAAUAUAAGAGAAAUUUUCCAAUUGGGAUGAAGAGGAAGUUGUGAGCAGCAAUGAGGAUUCAUUGUCCAAAACAACAUAUAGAACAAGCAAUCCACCAAGCAGCUGUCCCUCUGAAUACAGAUGGUUGAGAAAGUAACAGCCUAGCAGGGAACAAGGUUCAAGAUUCCACUUUUCACGUGCAGCUGGGAGGGGAGGUCUUCGGAUCACCAGUGUAACACUCGGACAUCAGGUGUCUGUUUCCAGCAAAAUAUUUCCCUACGGGGUUCCUGCCUCACUGAUUUGACUAAUGACAGUGCUCUGUCAUGAUAAGCCUGGUACUAAGUCAGGCUUAGAUUAUUUACAUAAUUUAAAUUCCUCUCAUGAUGAGCUGUAACAAACAGAGGUAACAGGUAAAGCUCCUUCCCUAUUGCCAUGUCUUUGAACAGCAGCAGCUGGAGGGGAGAGGCGGGUGCCCCCUUGCACCUCUCUGCUUUCCUCUGGUGCCUGCAAGAGCUCAGCUGGGCUGCAGCUCCCACGCCCCUGCAGAAGCUCAGCWGAAAAGCACUGGAUGCUCAGAGUGUCAGUCAUCUUUUUGUAGCCUAUCAUGAUACCAUGGUGUUCCUCAUGUUUUUUUUUAAGUGAUGCUUUGAGCAGUACUUCUUCCACCAGUAUUAUAGUUACUUGAUCUAYAUGCAUGAAAUAUGGUAAAAAGCAGGGCUCAGCACCUACACUGCUUCUCAAACUACAACAGUUUAAUAUUGCAUUGAAGAAUAUUUUGUUACAGUACUGUUAAAAGUGACUUAUUGCUGGUUCUCAUCUGUAUUUCAAAUUUGCAUACAGUUG